AUGGCUGUAGUUCAGAGGCUGAAAAACCCACGUUACUACGCCCAACCAAAAGUCAACCCAGGUAAUGGCAGACGGCGAGGCACAAAGGAAUCGUUCAAGCAUAUUCAAAUGGAACAUGAUAGUCAUGGGUCUACAUAUUUGAUUCCCGCUCGUAUUAGCCAUUCAAAAAAUCGAGUGUUCUUUAAUGGAUUUACAAAGCGUCCGGGUGCGAGAAAUCAACUGUUAGCCACGCGGUUUUUCACCAAAAUUUCUGUUCCUCGCGGCUUGGAAACCAACUUACGAGUACUGAGGAGCAGGCGGUGUAUUGUCGGUGAUCAUGGAAGCAAUGUUUAUCGAUCUGGUUACAAUACUCCGAAAUAUGAAUAA